UGUGGCACGCGGUACCGCACCGCCGGAUCGGACGCGCACCCUGCGGCAUCUCGCGCCUCGAUCGGCGUCCGACGCGGCGCUAAGCCGCAUCUCGCGGUGACGUGUGGAGGAGAGGCAGCAUUGGGCGGAUGAGGAGGCCUCUCCACAACACAAGGCGGAAGGCGCUCACCGUCGCUUCUCUGCAGCACACCACAUCACCACGGAACAAGCAUGACAGCCGACAAGUACAUGCGCUGGGACGCUGCGGGCGUCGAGCACGGCGCAGGCGCAGAGGAGGAUGCGCUGAUUGCCGAGGUGUGUGCGCAGAUCAACGAGUCGCAGACACGCGUGCGCGAUGCGCACCACCAUGCGUUUACCGGCACGCACGUCAAGACGCACGGCGUCGUCAAGGGCUCGCUGGAGGUGCUGCCGAACCUGCCGGCGCACCUCGCACAGAGCAUGUUCGCCAAGCAAGCGACGUACCCCGUCGCCAUUCGCUUCAGUUCAGAGCCAACGGACCUCGUGCCGGACACGCAGCGUGCGCCGAGAGGCAUGGCAAUCAAGGUCUUCAACGUCGACGGCGAGAAGCUGCGCCAGGACGGCAAGGAUCCGCGCACGCAGGACCUCGAGUUCAACAAUGCAACCGCGAUCGAGCUUGGCAACGCCCGCGUCACGCGUGACAUCAUCGGCCUGCGUCUGAAGCACAGCGACGACGCCUCGGCGCUGCAAGCCGAGCUGAAGAAGCGCGACGACUACGCAGUGCAAAAGGCGCGCGACGAGAUCCCCAACACGCCGCUCGUGGCGCACCGCCAGUACAGCCAGGCGGCGAUGCGCUUUGGCGACUAUGUGGCAAAGCUGGCCCUCGUGCCUGUAGGCGACACACAGAAGGCGCUCGAGGCCAAGGAGCUGCCAGAGGAGACCAACGAGAAGACGGGCCUGCGGCAAAAUCUAGAGCAGUUCCUGCAGCAGAACACGGCGACGUGGGAGCUGCAAGCGCAACUGCUCGAGGAUCUCGAGCAGCAGCCCGUCGAGGAUGCGCGCGUCGAAUGGCCGCAGGACAAGUUCCCGUACCAGACGAUUGCGCGGCUGAGCGUGCCGCCUCAGGAGUGCUUCCUGCCCCAGCGAGUCAACUUUUGGCGCGACCAAAUGCGUCUGGAUCCCUGGUACGGCCUCGCGUCGCUGCAGCCGCUGGGCAGCGUGAACCGGCUGCGCAAGGGCGUGUAUGCCGCCUCGAGCGCACAUCGGCGACGCCUCAACGGUGGCGUGCCUGUGGUGAGCGUGGCGUCGGUGGAUGAGCUGCCGGACGAGUAAGGGGCCAGCGCCUGCGCUCAGGAAGAGGA